AUGUCACAUCUUACAGGCGACCCAAAACAACAUGACCUAUCCUCCUUCAAGGAUUCCAUAACAGGCAGCUGCCUAUGCGGUAGCAUCACAGUAACAAUCAACGACAACCUCUUCACAAAACCACGCGGCCACCUCUGCCACUGCGAAAACUGUCGAAAGGCUUCCGGCUCUAUCGCAGCCACGAAUCUGACUAUCGAAGAAGAAAAAGUCGAUGUCGAAGAUAGAGAUGGUACCUUAAUGCUGUAUGAGGAUAGAGCUACCAGCAGCGGCAACCCAAUAUACCGAUGGUUCUGCGCUGUAGAUGGGAACCCCAUCUUCUCGAAAGUCGAUUCGAUGCCUGGUCAAGUUACCGUGUCGAUGGGCAUGAUGCCAGUAAUUCCAACACCCGAGAUGGAAGGUUUCGCUGCGCAUAAGCAUACUUGGUUCAAAAGCCCCGAUUGUGUGAAAUCGUACAAACAUCUUCGUACGGGAGAAUUCAUGGAUGAAUAA